AUGAAGGUACAUAUGCACACAAAAUUUUGCCUCAUUUGUUUGCUGACAUUUAUUUUCCAUCAUUGCAACCAUUGCCAUGAAGAACAUGACCAUGGUUCUGAAGAGCAUCACAGACACCAUCGUGGAAUGACAGAAUCGGAGUCAAGCGAAUUUUCAGUGCUGGAUGCUGAAAAUGAAAAAAAAUAUUAUAUUGAAAAACUUUUUGACCGUUAUGGUGAAAAUGGAAGAUUAUCCUUUUUUGGUCUGGAGAAACUUUUAACAAACUUGGGCCUUGGAGAGAUAAAAGUAGUUGAGAUUAAUCAUGAGGAUCUUGGCCACGAUCAUGUUUCUCACUUAGAUAUUUUGGCAGUUCAAGAGGGAAAGCAUUUUCACUCACAUAACCACCAGCAUUCCCAUAACCAUUUAAAUUCAGAAAAUCAAACUGUGACCAGUGUAUCAGCAAAAAGAAACCGUAAGUGUGAUCCAGAGAAAGAGACAAUUGAAGUGUCUGUAAAAUCUGAUGAUAAACAUAUGCAUGACCACAGUCAUCGCUUAUGUCAUCACCACUGUUUGCGCCAUCACCUUGAUCAUAACACUACUCGCCAUUUUCCUAAUGAUUCCAUUACUCAAAGUGAGCAUGGGGAGCCUAGCCAUGAACCUUCAACAGAGACCAAUAAAACACAGGAGCAAUCUGAAAGUAAGCUACCAAAAGGAAAGAGGAAGAGAAAAGAGAAGAAAAGUAAUGAAAAUUCUGGGGUUAUUACACCAGGUUUUCCCUCUAACCAUGAUCAGGGUGAACAGUAUGAACAUAAUCGGGUCCACAAACCUGAUCGUGUACAUAACCCAGGUCAUUCUCAUGUACGUCUUCCAGAACAUAAUGGUCAUGAUCCUGGUCAUGGACACCAAGAUCUUGAUCCUGAUAUUGAAGGUGAACUUCGACAUACUAGAAAGCGAGAAGCACCACAUGUUAAAAAAAGUGCAAUUUAUUCAGCUGCUAGUCACAAAGAUCAUAAUGAAGAUGAUCGUCAGCAUGAGUGUUUGAACGUCACUCAGUUGUUAAAAUACCAUGGUCAUCGUGCCAACUCUCCAAUCUCAUCUGAUCUAUUUACAUACCUUUGCCCUGCUUUGUUAUAUCAGAUUGACAGCCGACUUUGUAUUGAGCAUUUUGACAAACUUUUAGUUGAAGAUUUAAAUAAGGAUAAAAAUCAGGUUCCUGAAGAUAAGGCAAAUAUAGGGGCAUCAGCGUGGAUUUGUGGUAUCAUUUCUAUCACUGUCAUUAGCCUGCUUUCCUUGCUAGGCGUGAUCUUGGUUCCCAUCAUUAACCAAGGAUGCUUCAAAUUCCUUCUUACAUUCCUUGUUGCACUAGCUGUAGGAACAAUGAGUGGAGACGCCCUUCUUCAUCUACUGCCCCAUUCUCAGGGCGGACAUGAUCACAGUCAUCAACAUGCACACGGGCAUGGACAUUCUCAUGGACACGAAUCUAAGAAGUUUCUGGAAGAAUAUGAUGCUGUAUUGAAAGGACUCGUUGCUCUAGGAGGCAUUUACUUAUUAUUUAUCAUUGAACAUUGCAUUAGAAUGUUUAAGCACUACAAACAGCAAAGGGGAAAACAGAAAUGGUUUAUGAAGCAGAACACAGAAGAAUCGGCUAUUGGAAGGAAGCUUUCAGAUCAUAAGUUAAAUAAUACACCAGAUGCUGACUGGCUUCAGCUCAAGCCUCUUGCCGGAACUGAUGACUCGGUUGUUUCUGAAGAUCGACUUAAUGAAACUGAACUGACUGAUUUAGAAGGCCAGCAAGAAUCCCCUCCUAAAAAUUACCUUCAUAUAGAAGAGGAGAAAAUCAUGGACCAUUCUCACAGUGAUGGAAUGCAUGCCAUUCAUGAGCACGACCUCCAUGCUACUGCACAUAACCACCAUGAUGAGAGUAAAACUGUGCUGAGGAAGCAUAAUCAUCAGUGGCACCACAAACAUUCUCAUCAUUCACAUGGUCCCUGUCAUUCUGGAUCAGAUCUGAAAGAAACAGGAAUAGCUAAUAUCGCUUGGAUGGUAAUCAUGGGAGAUGGCAUCCACAAUUUCAGUGAUGGGUUAGCAAUUGGAGCAGCUUUCAGUGCUGGAUUGACGGGAGGAAUCAGUACUUCUAUAGCUGUCUUCUGUCAUGAACUGCCACAUGAAUUAGGUGAUUUUGCAGUUCUUCUUAAAGCAGGCAUGACUGUAAAGCAAGCAAUUGUAUACAACCUCCUCUCUGCCAUGAUGGCUUACAUAGGCAUGCUCAUAGGCACAGCUGUUGGUCAAUAUGCCAAUAACAUCACACUUUGGAUCUUUGCAAUCACUGCAGGCAUGUUCCUCUACGUAGCCUUGGUGGAUAUGCUUCCAGAAAUGUUGCAUGGUGAUGGUGACAAUGAAGAACAUGGCUUCUGUCCAGUGGGGCAAUUCAUUCUUCAGAAUUUAGGAUUGCUGUUUGGAUUUGCCAUUAUGCUGGUAAUUGCCCUCUAUGAAGACAAAAUUGUGUUUGACCUCCAGUUUUGA